CUCAGACAGACAUUGAAUCAGGCAGGCGGGCAGGCAUACUCACAUCGCGAACCGACCAAACGACUAACCUCCCAGCACCAAACCUACCGCCAGCAAAAUGGGUGACAUCAGCAUCAUCGCUACCGAGUGGCGCACCGUCCAGGUCGGCCGUGUCGUCGUCCUCCAGUCUGGUGCUGAGGCCGGCCGCCUGGCUGCUAUUGUCGAGAUCGUCGACCACAAGCGCGCUCUCGUCGACGGCCCCUCCUCAGAGUCUGCCCUGCAGGUUACCCGACAAAUGGUCUCCUUCUCCAACGUUGUCCUGACCGACUUCGUUGUCGCCGGCCUGCCCCGCGGCGCCCGGACACCCACCGUCAAGAAGUUCUGGGAGAAGGCCGAGAUCGACCAGAAGUGGAAGGGUUCCAACUGGGCCAAGAAGCGCGACCAGCAGGCCAAGCGCUCCACUCUCACCGACUUCGAUCGCUUCAAGGUCCUGCGCCUCAAGAAGCAGCGCCGCUUCGAGGAGCGCAAGGCUCUGGCCAAGGUCAAGGCCUCCGCAUAAAUACUCCCAGCCACGUACCGAUCAACGCACGACGACUCGAGACCUUUGACACGACAACCGGCGAACGGAUGUACUCGAGAGCUUCCUCGUCGAGGCAGAGAUGGGUCGGAGGAGACAGGUAGACGGUUCAGGGGGUUGAUGAUGAUGAUGGCAGCAGGAGCAGCAGCACUAAUCACGCUUGCUGUGGCUGACGUGCUGGACGGCGGCGGAUGGUGUUUCUACUAGAGGGUGGCGGGUAUUCUGGACGGCACCGGCAAGGACAACCUCUAAAAAUCAACAGCAUCUUCGUUCGGGUCCGAUAGGCUAGGUUUUUCUUUGCUUCGUUUACGGGACAUAUCACCUCCAAAAAGGCAAAGGUGGCCGGCGUCAAAUGAUAUGAAAUUGAGAAACCCAAAAGACAAUGGUGACUACCUGUCGAGGUCUUGCCAAAAUUACAUGUGAUACCACUCUUCUCAAUU